CGUUCGUUGAAGUUCGUUGCAUAGAUAAUAUACUGUCAAAAUGUCGGUAAAUGCACAAAUGCAUUUAAACAGCAAUGCAAAUAUUAUAAAGAGUGAUAAAACUAUAAUAAAACCUUUAUUCCCUAAACGCGAGGAAUGUUCUCAUGUGUCCUGUUAUUGUGAGGAAAACGUUUGGAAACUUUGCCAAGACGUUUCAUUGAGAGUACCCGAGGAAUUGGAUAGAUGCUAUGUCGUUUUCAUUUCGAACCCUUGCCGCACAGUGCCUCUUUGGAAACAAAGGGCCGGGCGUGAAGAAGAUCGUCUCGUCAUAUGGGAUUAUCAUGUGAUAUUCCUGUAUUCUGUGGAUAUCAAGUCUUGUCUUGUAUAUGAUCUUGAUUCAGAAUUACCAUUUCCAACAUUUUUCCACAAAUAUGUAACAGAAACUUUUCGCACAGACCAAGUCCUCAAAUCAGAUUUCCACAGGUUCUUUCGUGUUGUGACUGCAAAACAAUUUCUGCAACUUUUUUCAUCAGAUAGACGUCAUAUGAAAAGACCAGAUGGUUCAUGGAUUAAACCCCCACCACCCUACCCAGCAAUAAGCACUUCAGUCUCAACACACAACUUGGAUGAGUACAUCAAUAUGGAUGUAGACACAGGACCUGGGCAGGUCUACAACUUGACAGAUUUUGUCCAACGUUUCUACAAAAUUAACAAGUAGUACAAAAAUGAAGCCACUAGAUAGUCCUAAAUAUAAUUUAGUUUAAAUUAUCUUUAUAAUUGGUUUUUGUUGAUUAUGUUUUAGUAAUCUGUUAGUAAUUGUUUUUGUACAUCCCUAAAAAAUAAAUCUGUGAUUCGAUUGCCAUUUAGUAAAUAUUAAUUUUAGUACAGUUUGACAACAUUACACUUUAUUUGAUAAUGAUUUAUUUAUGUGUGAAUUUUUUAAUAUUUUUCCAUACUUAUUUUAGUUGACAUAAAAGGACUUGAAAAAAUGAUUUUGAGUAAACACAUAAAUCACAUUCACUUUUAUCUUUUAAUAAAAUGAUAAAGCACACAUUGAUUUAAUUAAAAUCACUCACUACUAAUAAUUAAGAACCCAUGACAUACAAGUUCGUGGUAUUUUGACAUUAAACACAACUAUAAUAAAAAAAAAUUACAUACCUUUAUUACUUACUUGUUAAGUGCUUUCUAUCAUCAUGUUAGUAUAUUAUCUAAUAUAAAAAGAUUAUCCUUUUAAUAAUAAGCAAAUGGCAAGUUAGAUAGAUAACUAAUACUUAUAAUAAAAUUUGUAAGUAUAUAAUCAAGAGGCUAGUGCUAUAAUUUCUAAUAUUGAAUUGUAAGUAAGUAGAGUUUUAAAAUUUUAUUUAUUAUUAGGAUCGCCAAAGGAAUUUACAACAUUGCAUGACUGUACUUCAAACAAUGAAAUGUGGGCUAAUUGCAAUUCUCAUAACAGGCUACCAUAAAUUAUAAAAGAAUUCAAUGUUAAUUUUGGUGAGUAACUAUAAAACAUAAGAAAGAUUAUUUGAUACUUGUUAUGACUGAAUUAAACUUUAUUUACUAAAUUUAUGUUAUCUUGAGUGAUAAUAUAAAAUUGAAGUAAUUUUUAUUAAAAUGUAUAUUGUUGUGAGUAGCUUUUGUAUGUUGUUAAAUCUAUUUCAAAAUUUUGUAACAACUUUUAUACACUUCUUUAUUCUUCCCUAGCACCCUUAGUAAAUAUAAAUUUACCUUCAUGUUAAUCCAGAAAUUAUAACAAUUUUAUUGGAAUGAAAAUACUUGUUAUAUUCUUAAAUAUUUAUUAAAAAUUUAUUAAUAUAUAACUGGUUAUAAGGUUUUAAUUGUAUCGCUUAGAUUUUUAACUAUAUUGCUGUUAUAAUUGGCGCAAUUUUAAAUGCAUCAGCAAAAUGAGCAAAUCAAGAAUAUAUAAAAUUUAUUACAAUAACCUACUAUAUUGUGAUUAUUGUUAGUUUAAUUUAUUCGACAUUUAUUCUUCAAAGAACCUAAAAUGCAUUAAUUAUUGUGCCCAUACGUUAACUCAAAAAUUAAAGUAGCAUACUAGAUUUAAGAAGAAAGCAGCACAAAUUUUAAAAUACCCAUAAAUUUUACUUAAUCUUAAAAAUGUAUUUUAUCAAUGAGAGCAUAUAAAAGCACUUAUCAUUUUCCAUUUCGUAUUUUCUGCAGGGUUUGAUGAUCUGUGUUCAUAACUUUACCGAUUUACUAGUCAAUGUUUUAAUGUUAAUAUUGUUAUUCACGCUUUUGUUUCGUGACAAUUUGUUGUUUUAGUGUUUUUAAGUGUGAUAAGGCCAGCAAAUAUGAAUAAAAUUUACUAGGUAAUACCAUUACGAUAAUGAAACCAAAGUUACCUAUAUAAAUUUACAAAUAAUACCUAUCUAAUGCUUCAUAUAGGUUACAAGAAAUAAAUAACCUUAUCUUAACAGUUAUCAGUUAUUACCUGUUUAAAUUACGUAACAAAAAAAAUCAAAAUAUCAUAAUCGCUCGCGAUCAAUUUUUACAAAUUGCUAAUGUUUUUUCCUGUUAGUAUUCACUUUUCAUCUUAGUGUAAUAUUAUUCGAGGCGUAGCUGUAAACUUUACGGGACCAAUAAGUGGAUGUAAUGAUCAACCCAUACGAGUGACUAAAUAAAUAAUAGAUUAGAAGAAUGUGUAAUCGUCCCACGGUUGCGCCUUUUAUAUAAAAAAAAAAAAACACUAUAAUUCCGAUACCUUCCUUCUGCUUACGUUUUCUCUAAUUAGGUACUGAUAAUCUCAACUGAUAAAAAUGCGCUUUGCUUUAAGUGUACCAAAGUUACAUUUUUAUAAUUUACGGGUAGACUGAGGUAUGCGACAGAUCGCGUAGGCGAGGCAAUAACCAGAUCGCGACAUGCAACGGCGUACGAUGAUACAACUGCAGAAAUUGUAGUCUCGUGUGUUUUUUUCAUCCUCGCAUUCACAAUGGCGAAGCAAUACGCUGUAAUGCCAUUAGUCUCGCGUGCCGCGCUCUGUCUUGAACUGCAAUUUCUUAAGAUUUAAUGUGCAUAAAAUAAAACACUACACGCUA